GAUCAGUGUCUUGAAUUAUGUAAGAUACAAACCCCUGGCUAGCGCCGAUACUAUCAUGGUGUACCUCGCACAAAAUGUCACUGAGCGCUAACGUUCACUCUUAUCAUCACGAUUCACCAGGCUGAUAUCUACUUGCAAUGGCUACUCCCAAACACCAUGAAAAUUUUUACUUCACUUUCGUCACAUUUCUGGUCGAGGACUACUUAUUCAGAGUGCCUCGUGAUACCCUAGAGUCGCAGUCAGACGUCUUUCGCGAUUUGUUUCUACUACCUGUUCAAGCCGACGGAGCUGAGGGUUGCUCAGACACAAAUCCUAUCGUUCUCGAGGGCAUUCAGAGGGAAGAGUUCCAGUCCCUCAUGAAGGUUUUGUAUCCCAUGCCAUAUACCCGUUUAUCACCUUCCCUGGAUGCACUUCCAGCCACCCUCGAAGAAUGGAUAGGCAUAUUGAAGCUAUCUAAAAUGUGGAGCUUCACUCGCGUUCAGGAAUUCGCCAUUCAACAGAUGGAGCCUAUGGUCGCUAUGCGACCUCUAGACAAGGUUGCUCUUGCUCAAGAUUAUGGGAUCACAGAAUGGCUGGUCUCUGGUCUGCUGCAACUGGCAAGGAGAGAAGAGCCCAUUGGACUCGAAGAUGUACAGAAACUUGGACUGGAUACGGCGUUAAAGCUUGCCGAUAUUCGGGAGAGUUCACAAUCUACCAUGCCAAUUUGGGCUGGGCGGUAUUACAUGCAUCCCAUGACAGCGGACCGUUCAAAUGACAUGGCCGUUAUCACUGCUAUCGGUCCUCGAGGAUCUACUUCAUGCGAUUUUACCAAUCGAAUCCGUCAAGUAUUUAAUUUGCAGGAGUGAUUGCAAACUACAAAUUUUAUACUUUGGACUACAAGUCGGAUCGGCGGCGGUGCUAUGUACUGUUUGCACUUCUGUAUAGUUGCAUUUGCCUUAUGAUAAGCCCCUGUAUAAUGUCAUCAGGGACGGGGAGAUGCGUUACGUAUCAGGUCCUUAAAGUUCAGUAAUAGUUAGAUUGGCAACGUUUGACUUAUCUCAUGUGGUAACUUUGCUCGAAUAGAUAUUUCGCGAUACCGAUGCUAAAAGCUCCC